UUCUUCUGCGCCUGCGCGGCCCGGGUCACUUCGCUGGCGGCUCCAAGGCUCCCGGCUCGCCGCCAUCUUGUAUCGGGGCUUCAUUGUUCGCGGUGGGCCGGGUGCUUUAGUGUCAUUGCUGUCGAAGAAGGAGGCGGAGUAACCUCCGGUCAGCCAAGAAACCCCCGCUAUUCCGCAGCCAUAGCCGCUCAAAAGAUUUGUGAGGUAGUAAAGCGUAGGGAGCUGGACUCAGAGGCGCCGCCGCGACAGCAGCAGCCAUGGAGGACGAGAUGCCUAAGACUCUAUAUGUCGGUAACCUUUCCAGAGAUGUGACAGAAGCUCUAAUUCUCCAGCUCUUUAGCCAGAUUGGACCUUGUAAAAACUGCAAAAUGAUUAUGGAUGUAAGGACAGCUGGAAAUGAUCCCUAUUGUUUUGUGGAGUUUUAUGAGCAUCGCCAUGCAGCUGCAGCACUAGCUGCUAUGAAUGGGCGGAAGAUAAUGGGUAAGGAAGUCAAAGUGAAUUGGGCAACAACCCCCAGCAGUCAAAAGAAAGAUACAAGCAGUAGUACCGUUGUCAGCACACAGCGUUCACAAGAUCAUUUCCAUGUCUUUGUUGGUGAUCUCAGUCCAGAAAUUACAACUGAAGAUAUAAAAGCUGCUUUUGCACCAUUUGGAAGAAUAUCAGAUGCCCGAGUGGUAAAAGACAUGGCAACAGGAAAGUCUAAGGGAUAUGGCUUUGUCUCCUUUUUCAACAAAUGGGAUGCCGAAAACGCCAUUCAACAGAUGGGUGGCCAGUGGCUUGGUGGAAGACAAAUCAGAACUAACUGGGCAACUCGAAAGCCUCCAGCUCCAAAGAGUACAUAUGAGUCAAACACCAAACAGCUAUCAUAUGAUGAGGUUGUAAAUCAGUCUAGUCCAAGCAACUGUACCGUAUACUGUGGAGGUGUCACUUCUGGGCUAACAGAACAACUAAUGCGUCAGACUUUUUCACCAUUUGGACAAAUAAUGGAAAUUCGAGUCUUUCCAGAUAAAGGAUAUUCAUUUGUCCGGUUCAAUUCCCAUGAAAGUGCAGCACAUGCAAUUGUUUCUGUUAAUGGAACUACCAUUGAAGGCCAUGUUGUGAAAUGUUACUGGGGCAAAGAAACUCUUGAUAUGAUAAAUCCCGUGCAACAGCAGAAUCAAAUUGGAUAUCCACAAGCUUAUGGCCAGUGGGGCCAGUGGUAUGGAAAUGCACAGCAAAUUGGCCAGUAUAUGCCUAAUGGUUGGCAAGUACCUGCAUAUGGAAUGUAUGGCCAGGCGUGGAACCAGCAGGGAUUUAAGGCCGUUGCUUCCCUGAAUUCUUGUAUUUCUUAGCCGCAUUUACUUCAUUAGAUUUUUAAAAUCCAUGUUGGAAAUGUCGGUAUAUUAUUUUCAACUGCUUUGUGGGAACAUUUUUCUUCUGAGUUUUCUCCAGGGAAACUCUAGGUAAGUUUUGCUACUGUAUUUUUAAUUACAGUAUCUUUGUACAAAUGCUGCAUAUAUGCCUUUCUAUUUAUUCAUAUUUGAAACAGUUUUUCCUAGACCACUUACCAGCAGGAAGAUGAAAGGGAAAGACCCUGUGCAGGUUUCUCCCCUCCCACCUCUGUGGCUCCAGUGAAUUGUCUCCUUAAAAGUUGCAGCCAUGGGUCCUCUCUGAGAUGUGACCUUGUCCAAAAGUUCUGUACCAGCUCUGAGCUCCCUUGCUUGGUUCCUUCAUCUGCUACAUUAGGGAACCUAACACCUGCUUUCAUGGAGAUCCCCUAACUUGCUUUCUGAAAGACAUGGACUCUGCACCCCCUAGGUACCUGGCACACCUUCCCUCCCUGCCUUUCCCAGCACUCAAGCUUGGUUAGACAUCCCCACAGCAGUUUCCACUCAGGGUUUGGCUCUCUUCUCAGAGUGAAUAUUUGUGGAUGAUUUCUGAGGUCUGCCGCCAUCAACUCCCUUCCUCACUCUGUUCUUCCCCCACAGCACUCAGUUGGCCUCCCAUCCAGGACCACACUUCCACUCACUGUGGGACAUGUGCAUUUUCUCUGCCUCCCUACUUUCACCUAAGAUACUGUUUGUAGGAGUCAGUGUUCAUGUUUUUCUUUUUUCUUUUUUGCUCCCUGUGAUUUCCAGAAGAAGUAGAAAGAUCCAGAACCAGGCUGUUAACGUUUCUACCAGAAUCAGAAGCCUAAAGGAAUCUUUUACACAUGUAUUUGAUCAUGACACUCCCCUGCAUGAAAGUCUUCUCUUCAAAUUGUAUUUAGAAUGUAAUCUAAAUCUUUAAUAUGUAAAAUCUUGAAUAUGGCCUGCAGUGAGUUCUAAAGUGCAGUCUGUACUUACCAACUGUACAGCAAACCGUCCUCCACUCUCCCAUAAGCCCUUCCCCUCCACACUCAUCUUUCAGUUUCUUAAGUAAGUAAUCAUUUUAUAUGAGUCAGUGUCCAGUCAGGAGACAGAGACCAAGGCUAAAAUUUGAAAAGGGAAAUUUUAAUGUAAAUAAUGGUUAAAGAGUAAAAGGUUAACUAAAAGAGAUCCAGAAGUUGCAGGUGCAAAAACAGUUGUUAUGGAUAGAGUGGACAAUGCGGGAUCUAAGUGUUUAGGAGAGCACUGAUUUUCUGGCCUCUUCAAAGUGGGCUUAAUUACCAAGGAAUGUGCAGCCUGGUGAAGAAAUGUGCCAGAGGGUAUGGGCCAGAGCCGGUCCUUAGAAGCUGCCUGCCAUUGUCAAAGGUUGGGAAGCUGGAGAUGGUAAUUUAGAAAUGGUCCGCCGGGUGGGGGAGCUAGGGUCACCAGAUUUAGCAAGACCACAAUCCCAAGUAUUACAUGAAACAUACUAAAAAUUAUUUGUUGUAAAACUGAAAUCCAAAUUUAACUGGGUGUCCUGUAUUUUAUCUGGCAGUCCAAAGCUGCCGUGGAAGCAGCUGCAGGUGUGAAAAGUGUGGCCUGAGGGUGCAGUUGGGGCAGGUCCUGGGAACCACUGAGGGGAGCACCACUGGGUCGUCUGUGCACUGGUCCACUGGCUCCGGCAGUGAAUAAAAAGAAAGAGAACCAGGACCUGUAAGGGGUGAGGCUUUCUGUCACUAUCACCUUGCAUUGUUCCCCCAUUGCCACUGUUGAUGAAGCCUAAGACUUAGCCAACUGGCAGAGGAGAAAUGUUUCACAAAGCAAGGCAAAGAAGGGUGGCGUGGGGACCCAGACUCCAUUUCAGAGCCCUGCCACCUGAAUGCCUUUUGUCUGCUCUUUGUCUUCAACUCUCCUCUUAAAUGUUUCUUCCUCUAAAAAGCCUUCCUUCUAUUACCUACAAUCUAGAUCAGUAGCCUCUCAAAUCAUCCUAUACUUUUGCUUUAUAGCAUUUGUCACAAUUUUAAAGUUAUGUAUUUCUGUGAUUAUAUCUUGAAAACUCAUGUUCCCCACUAAAAUAUAGUGACUGUUUUCUUCAAUGCUGUAUGUACCCAGUAGGUAGUAAAUAGUAGGUGCUCAAUAUGUCUGUUGAAUUAAUUUAAUUAUCUCAUUCCUGUCUUAACCAAAUGGCUUUCUACCAUUUGCUGAUAGUACUACCAGCUAGAGUACCAAGUGUGAAGUGAUAAAAGCUAAAAUUAGAGGACCAAAACAGGGCUAAUUCGUUCUGUCAUGUCAAAUAAUUUGAAAUUUUUUUUAAAUCUUAAAGGUCCUAGGGAGCCAUUGAUCUAAUACGUUUUCAGUCAAGAUGUCUUCCAGGUUCCUGGCAUGAGCCAUGAAUGGAUGGUGGGGCUAAUUACUGGAGUGGGAAAAGGAAGAAGGGGAGUUCGUAAAAAUAACAUGGAAGCUGGUUAGAGGGCAGAAGAUGAAAGCUAAUGAUUUCUGCCUUUGAAAAUGUGGAGCUUGGACAUGUGUGACAUUCAGGUAGAAAUAUCCAGUAGGUAAUGAUAGGGAAUCUGGAAGGGAGAUCCAGGCUGGAAGAGAGACGAGAGUCACCAGCCUUUAGGUGGUAAUUCAGCCCAUGGAGUGGCAGUCACCCAGAGAGACGCCAGAGUGAGAAAAGGACUGAGGACAGAACCCGUAGGUCCAUCAAGCUUGAGGAGGAUAGAGACACAGAAGUUGGCAAAGGAGAAUGAGGAGGAGCUCCCUGACAGGCAGGAGAAAUACCGAAGGUCCAUGAUGUAGAAAUCAAGGAAGAAAAAAUUCAAGGAAAUAGAAGUAGUCAAGAGCAGAGAGAAGUUGGUGAAAAAAAAAGGUUGGGGAAAACAAGUCCACUGGAUUUAGCAAUAAGGAAGUAAUUGGUAACAUUGAGCAUUUUCAGUGAAGUAGUGGGAGCAAAAUGUGAACUGCGGUGGGUUAAGGAGUGGGAAGUGAGAUAGUUAUCAGGAGCAGACUGCCUUCCCAGUUCAUUGGGCUGUAGAGAGAAAGGAGAGAAGAAAGAGGAGAUGGGCUUAAGAAAGCAAUAUUUUUUUAAAUGUCAAUACAAUAAACUAUGAAUAAAUCAUAAAAGUAAAUGACUGCUAAAAAAAUAACCCCACUAUUCACCCAUUUGGAAAUACACAACAGAAAACAUUCAUCUCUGUUUUGUAUUUAAAAAAAAAAAAAAAAAACUGGAAGGGAGUUCCCUGGUGGCACAGCAGGUUAAGGUCCAGAGCUGU